AUGUCGGGAAAGGAACAAUCGGGUAACAGCAUACCAUCAGCACCAGUAGAAGGCGAUUCUUCACUGAGCGUAUUUGGUCAAAAUACUUCUCAGGUAGUAUAUCAGCAGCCGUCUGUACAACCUGUACUUCUUGGUCCACGGCCUCGGGUCAGAUGCGGUAUGGAACUUCCACCGUACAGAGAACCUCCUCCUUCAUAUCAAGCAGCAAUGGCAUAUCCAACUGUUUCUGAACCAUAUUUGACUAAUUCGGAUGAUACAACUCUUCCGAAACCUUAUGGUGCUGUUCCUCCAUAUCCUUUUCUAUCAGUUCCGAAUCAAAUGUUUCCACUAACACCACCACCUCCAUUACCUUCUGCAUCGUCACAACCUCCUCCAGUUGCCGUACCACGUGCAGGACAUUGCACCAACUGUGGAAUUGGAAUUCUCUCUGGACAGACGGAUUUGUUUUGCUUAAUCUGUCUGGUGUUACUAGCAGUAUGUACAUUUCCUAUUGGUUUACUCUUCCUAUGUUUCAUUCCCUGCACAGUUCACAAACGAUGCAAUCACUGCCGCAGAAUUGGAUAG